AUGGCAUUCUCCCCGUUGUUGAAAUUGAAGUCAAAAGAAGAUUUCAGAUGGGAACAAGAGCAUCAGAAAGCUUUUGAUGUAUUAAAACAAUCAUUGGUAACGCCUCCUGUUUUGAUGCCUCCAAUGAAUGGAAAGCCAUUGAAGCUAUACAUAUCUGCGACACACCACUCAAUUGCAAGUCUGUUAGCUCAGGAUAAUGAACAAGGUCGAGAGCAAUCGAUUUACUACCUAAGCAGAAGGUUAAGUGAUUGUGAAGCAAUUAAAUUGAGGCAUUACCUUUUGCCAGCUAGGGUAAAGAUCAUUUCCCAAAUAGAUAUAAUAAAGUACAUCUUGUCUAGGCCCAUUUUAAGGGGAAGACAAGGGAAAUGGAUAUUAGCUUUAAUCGAGUAUGAUUUUGAAUACGUGCCUCAAAAGACAGUGAAAGGACAAGCUUUGGCCGAUUUCCUAUAUGAGCAUCCAAAUCUACCUUUGGAAGAGGAUACCUCGAGGUGCAUUUUUUGGAGCUUAAACCUUGGCAAUUAUCUUUUGAUGUUCUCUUUCCAACUCGAUGAGAAUAGAAUUCUGACAAAUAAUCAAGCAGAAUAUGAGGCCUUAAUCAUAGGCUUGGAAAUAACAAAAGAUUUGAAUAUACGAUAUUUGAAAGUCUCUGGGGAUUCACAGUUGAUCAUUCGACAAAUUACAGGGCAUUAUAAAUGCAAUCAUCCCUUAUUAAGUUUGCAGCUUGAAAAACAUAUCUUGAGACUUCAAAAUAGUGAAGCCAAUCAAAUGGCUCAAGCAGUUUCAGGAGUUGAAAUUCCCGAAGGGGACACAGAGAAAAUAAUCAGAAUCCAAAAAAAGUUUUUACCCUUCUCAAUGGAGAGGGAGGAGAAUCGACUGGAUGUAUUGAUAAUUGAUGUUUCUGAUGAUUGGAUGGUUCCAAUAAAAAAUUAUCUUCUGAAUCCUAAUGAGAAAGUAAAGAGGGUUGUCAAAUGCAGGUCUAUCAAUUAUGUUCUGCUAGGACAGGAUUUGUUUAGGAGAACUUCUGAUGGUCUACUAUUGUUGUGUGUCAGUAAAGACCAAUCGAUGAGAAUCAUGGGAGAGGUCCAUGAAGGAACCUGUGGUACCCAUCAAGUCGGUGACAAAAUGAGAUGGUUAAUUAAGAGACAUGGAUAUUAUUGGCCAACCAUCCGGGCUGAUUGCAUUCAGUAUGCUAAAGGCUGCCAACAAUGUCAAAAGCAUGGACCUAUCCAAAGGAUACCUGCUCAUCAAUUGCAAUCGAUUAUUAAACCUUGGCCAUUCAGAGGUUGGGCAAUCGAUAUGGUAGGAGAAAUCCACCCAGCAUCUUCAUUACAGCGCCAAUUUGUUGUAGUGGCAACAGAUUAUUUCACAAAAUGGACAGAGGCAAUACCUUUAAAAGGUGUUUCACAGAAAUUUGGGAUUCCUGAAACCAUUACUGUUGAUCAGGCGUCUAUAUUCAAUGGUAGAGAAGUUGUCCAGUAUGUACAAAAGUACGGGAUACAGAUUUGA